ACCUACUAAAUUUUGAAAACGAUUUAGUCGGCAAGGCGGGCAAGGCGGGCACAGCGUUUUGCUAGUUCAGUGACAAAAAAACUUUGUCAAUGCAAAAGUGAACAAAUUUUUUUCAGGACCGUGUUUGUUUGAAGACUAGGUGUCUUCCGUGGAUCAAGAGUCACAGGACGUAUUUAAUUUGACUGAAAGUUUAAACUUGGCAUAACACGAAUUCCUUCUAACAUUAGUUCACCAUGUCUUAAUUGGAUGUAAUGGGAUGUUUAUUCUGAUGGUCAUACACGGUUGUUCAGCUUCGUGCAGUGUUGGAUGUCUCAAUGGUGUAUGUGACCUAACAACAGGGGACUGUGCAUGUAGGGAUGGCUACUUUAAUACGAGAUGCUCAUCCAAGUGCAACGAUGGAUGUCUCAAUGGUCAAUGUGAUGAAACAACGGGAUAUUGUACAUGUAGAGAUGGCUACUAUGAUAUGCGAUGUUCAUCUAAGUGCAACGAUGGUUGUCGUAAUGAUUCGUGUAACAAAACUACGGGAGACUGUACAUGUAGAGAUGGCUACUAUGGUUCAAGAUGCUCAUUCAAGUGCUAUCCUGGCUGUCUUAAUGGUAUAUGUGACCGCACAACGGGAGAUUGUAGAUGUAGAGAUGGCCACUAUGGUACGAGAUGCUCAUCUACGUGUUUUCCAGGGUGUCUCAAUCAUACGUGUAACAAAACAACUGGAUAUUGUACAUGUAGGGAUGGUUUCUAUAAUACGAGGUGCUCAUCUACAUGCUAUCCUGGAUGUCUCAGUGGUGUAUGUGACCAAACAUCCGGAGAUUGUACAUGUAGGGAUGGCUACUAUAAUACAAGAUGCUCAUCCACUUGCGGUGCUGGAUGUCUUAAUGGUAAAUGUGACAAUACCACGGGAUAUUGUACAUGUAGGGAGGGCUACUAUAAUUCGAGAUGCUCAUCUACAUGCUAUCCUGGAUGUCUCAAUGGUGUAUGUGACCAAACAUCCGGAGAUUGUACAUGUAGGGAUGGCUACUAUAAUACGAGAUGCUCAUCCACUUGCGGUGCUGGAUGUCUUAAUGGUAAAUGUGACCAAACAACGGGAUAUUGUGAAUGUAGGGAUGGCUACUAUGGUACCAGUUGUUAUUCAACUUGCGGUGUUGGAUGCCUCACCGGUGCAUGUGACCGCAUAACUGGAGAUUGUACAUGUAGGGAUGGCUACUAUAAUACGAGAUGCUCAUCCACUUGCGGUGCUGGAUGUCUUAAUGGUAAAUGUGACCAAACAACGGGAUACUGUGAAUGUAGGGAUGGCUACUAUAAUACGAGAUGCUCAUCCACAUGCGGUGCUGGAUGUCUUAAUGGUAAAUGUGACCAAACAACGGGAUAUUGUACAUGUAGGGAUGGCUACUAUGGUGAUUACUGCUACUCGUGCGGUGCUGGAUGUCUCAAUGAUCAAUGUAACAAAACAACCGGCUAUUGUACAUGUAGAGAUGGGUUCUAUGGUACGAGAUGCACAUCUACGUGUUUUACUGGAUGCAAGGCAUGCAGUAACUCUGCCUAUAACUGCAGUGCCUGCAGACCUGGUUAUUGGGGUACUCCGCAAUGGCCUUGUAGAUAAACCUGCAGUUACAACUGUAUGUCGUGUAUUACGGAAAAUGACUGCACAGAGUGUAAGGCUGGAUUCUAUGGACUUGGCUGUCAACAUAAAUGUAGUAGUGGGUGUAUCAACAAAGCUUGCGAUCAAAUCUCUGGCUUAUGUCACUGCUUAGUUGGCUACCCAGAUGCAUUGUGCAAAGAAACAUGCCCUGAUACUUGCAACGGCUGCACCACUCCUGAAAAUUGCACGACAUGUGUGUCUGGGUUCUAUGGUAAGACGUGUAAAACACCAUGCAGUUUAGGCUGCACCAUUCGGACUGCGAUAUGCUAACUGGUCGAUGCGCAAGCUGCAGGGAAGGUUUCUCCGGUGACAAUUGUGUUCCAGAAUCAGCGGGAAGUGUAUCACCGACGUUGACCAUAGUUUCAACAGUAUCAAAUGUUAGUGUGGUUUUGGUCAUCUUGAUGAUUGGCGCAGUUGUCGUUUUUCGGAAGCUGAGGAGGCGGAAUAUUCAGACAAAUAAAGAAGCACCGAAUAUUCCAAUGAGAACACGGGACCUUGAGGAUUUGGAGACGGCAACUCAGCGAACAAACCACUAUGAAGAUUUGCGACACGAUGAUGGUACUCGGGAAAAUAAUCGCCACUAUGCCAACGUCAACCCGUCAUUCCAAAAAUAAACGUUUUGUUCAGUCUUGUUCGACAAAGAUGGUCGUAGAAAUAUGUAUAUAUUUAAGUAAAUGUAGUAAAUGACCAUAUUAUUCUGUGGCAUAGAGAUGACAUACGUGGUAUGUUUUAUCUCGUUAAAACGAUGUACGUUUAUUGUUAAAACGAGUUUUUUUUCCGAACUGUGCAUAAACAUGGAUAAAGAACGACUGAUGUAAGGUACAUUUGAUUCAGAACAGCCGCAUAUGUAGUUUUAACAGAAUGUUUAAACGAGAUGAAGAUAAAACGCAUGUCACCUUUACGCCAUCGUAAUAUUUUUGCAUCGGCGAUUAAGCCAUUUUGCCAAUGGAAGAUUUUAACAGAAUCAAUAUGUACGACAAGUCCAAGAAACCCGACAUACAUGUACGUAUAUGUGUGUUUCUGUGUUGAAUGUUAAAAAAGGUUAUUGCCUAUUGUAUGAUAUAAAUCAUAUUUUUGCUUAUAUUCAUAUUAUUAUUGUUAAACAUAGCUUGGAAAGGACAUCAUUUAUUUUUGUGAUAUAUUGACAUACGUUAAAUAGCGAGCUUUUAGAUUUGUUUGGUACAGUGUAACACCAACUUGUUUUUUAUAAAGGCUGAAACACACACACACACGCACGCACGCACGCACACACACACAUACACAAACAUCGAUAUAAUGUAUAGUUGUUAGUCCUACCACUGUUUGUUAUAUAAAGCUUGUAUUUGACAGAUAUCUGCAAAAGAAGUAUUUGAUAAUAUCAGAAGAGAUUUAUAACAUCAUAAGUAUUUUAAAACAGCAUGGAGGAGUAUUUUGUAUAAAUGUGUAUAUAUUCACUGGCAUUUUUAUGUUUAAUAAUACUCUACUAACACAUUUUCUUGAACUAGUGUAACUAAUGUGUGUACAAUAAUUAUAAUUUUUGAGGUUGCUACUUGAACUGAAAUGUUCAUUUCUAUUUGAUAAUGAUUAGUUAUUUCAAGCAGAAAGUGUUGAGUGAAUUUAUAUGACAAAUAUAUCGCAAAUGUUAUGAUAUUCAGCAAAACUGCGCAAAUACCGGAAUAUAAAUACGGAAGCUUGGGUCCUUUCUUUCUGCGAGAAAUAAUUAGCUAACAAAAGAAAUGAUAAAUUUCUAUUCUUUUAUGGACGAAUUGUAAUUCUACAGUAUUUUAUACGUUUCCUCACCAACUAACAAUGAUUAUGAAUGUUAACACACUUAUAUGAAUGUAUGAUGAAAAUAUAAAAUAUAUAUUUUAA